AUGCAUGUCAUCAGAAGGUAUUGUGGUCACCCAAAUGCAAAGUUGGCUACACUCAUACAUCUGAUCGAUGAUUGGUCACCAGAUUUCGAUCCUCAAGACAAACAACCCUAUUACAACGAAUUGGCACACAAAAUUGGAUCAAGCGGCAACGUCGAGAUAUUGGAAUAUCUUAUCAAGAGGUAUCCAAACAUGGACUUGAAAGGUGCCAAACCUCAAGCAGUAGCAUGUGGUCAUUUAUCAAUCCUCAAACUAUUAGAGAAAGAGUCUGAUGACGAAAUCAAACUAAACGGAUUGUUAAGUGCUGUAUACAGAGGAGAUGUAACUGUACUAGAAUACCUUUACAAUAAGGGAAUCACAUUUAAACCAAGUACUCUACCACUCGAUGAUGCUGCUUGUAGAGGAAAACUUGAAGUUUUAAAGUUUCUACAUCUUAAAAAAAUAAAAGGAAUUACAAAAGAGGCAAUGAACAAAGCUGCUUUUUUCGGACACUAUGAAACUGUAAAAUGGUUACAUGAAAAUAGAUCAGAGGGAUGUACAACAGAUGCUAUGGAUAAAGCUGCUGAAAGAGGGCAUUUUGAAAUAGUAAAAUAUUUACAUGAAAAUAGAUUAGAAGGAUGUACAAACAAAGCAAUGACAAAAGCAGCAGAGAAUGGAUCUUUGGAUAUAGUAGAGUAUUUACAUUUUAAUAGAACUGAAGGAUGUCUUCCCAUGACAAUGGAUUCAGUGUAUAGUUUAGAGGUUUUACAAUUUUUACAUUAUCACCGAACUGAAGGAUGUAGUAAGAUGGCCAUGCACAAUGCCAUUCAAAGAGUUAAAUUUGAAAAUAUCAAAUUCCUACAAGAAAAUAGAACCGAAGGAUGUUCACCAGAAGCAAUCUCUGUUGCAAUAACUAGUGCUAAUUUUGAGAUUUUAAAGUGGUUACACUUUCAUCGUACUGAAGGAUGUACAACAUUGGCUAUGGAUACUGCCGCCAAAAGUGGAUUUAUGGAUAUAGUUGAAUUCCUACAUCAACAUAGAACUGAAGGAGCAACCACUAAAGCUUUGGAUGAUGCUUGUGGAGCUGGAAAAUUUGAAAUAGUAAAAUUUUUACAUUUUAAUAGAAGUGAAGGAUGUACUAAUGAAGCAAUGUCAAAAGCUGUAGCAUGUGGCAAAGUAGAAGUAGUAGAAUUCCUUGUCAAGAAUCGUACUGAAGGGUGUAUUACAAUACCAAUUUCAUAUCAAAAACUGAUAUUAAAGAAAACCAUUUAA